GUGAAGUCAGUCUUCAGCAACAUGUUCCGCGGUCUUAACGCAAUCCUCAUCGUUAUCCUGGUGCUGGCCGGUUCCUGUUGGUCGGCACCGGAGUGCGGUCCGAAUCCCGAGCAGUGCCGGGAGCACAGGAUGCACCCGGAUUUGCCGGAGCCCAAGGGCAGGACGUCGCGGGUGAUCGAGGGCGAGGACACUAACGCCUACUGGCAGGAUCAGGGCAAGAAGUUCGUCCAGGAGAAACUGGCUUCUGAGCAGAACAAACGGCAGGCCAAGAACGUGAUUAUGUUCCUGGGCGACGGCAUGGGUGUGACCACUACCUCAUCCGCCCGGAAUGUCCUGGGAGGCGAGGAGAAGUCGCUUUCCUUCGAUGGUUUCCCCUACUCCGGAUUCUCCAAGACCUACUCCGUGAACAAAAUCGUCCCGGACUCGGCCUGCACGGCCACGGCCUAUUUGUGCGGAGUGAAGGCCCAGCAGGGAACCAUCGGCGUGAACGGCCAGGUGCCCCGCUCGGACUGCAACACCAUGAUGGACGAGAACAACCAUGUCGACUCCAUCGCAAAGUGGGCGAUGGAUGCGGGCAAGUGGGCGGGUCUAGUGACCACCACCCGUGUGACGCACGCCUCGCCCGCCGGUGUCUACGCCCACACCUCGGAGCGUGACUGGGAAGGCACUUCGGACAUGGGCGAUCGCUGUCAAUCGGACACCGUCUACAAGGACAUCGCCUACCAGCUCUCCCGCGGCAAGGUGGGCAGCAAGCUCCGUGUGAUCAUGGGAGGAGGACGCAAGCACUUCACCGGACGCAGUGACGGACUCGACCUCAUCGAGGAGUUCAAGUCGCAGAGCGACAAGAACGCGUAUGUAUCCAACCUGGACGAGCUGAAUGCCGUGGACAUGACCAAGACGGACCGUCUCAUGGGACUCUUCCACGACGACCAUCUGAAGUACCGCCUGGAGAACAGCUUCGACAGCCAGCAGCCCACCCUGGAGCAGAUGACCCGCAAGGCUAUCGAGUACAUGAGCCAGAGUGAGAAUGGAUACUUCCUGUUCAUUGAGGGCGGUCGUAUUGACCACGCCCACCACUACAAUCAGGCUCGCCAGGCUCUGAACGAGACCGCCGAGUUCUCCAAUGCCAUUGCCGCUGCCAAGGAGCUGACCAGCGAGGAGGACACUCUGAUAGUGGUCACAGCGGAUCAUUCCCACGUGUUCACCUACGCAGGAUACGCAUACCGCGGUGAGGAUGUCUUUGGCAUGGCCCCGGAGCUUGGCGAGGAUGGCCUGCCUUACACCAUCCUGAGCUACUCGAACGGACCCAGCUACUCCCACUUCUACGACACGAACGAGAAGCUGCGCAAGGAUCCCAGCACGGUGGUGAAGGAGGACCGUGACUCGGAAUAUCCCUCGGGAGUGCCCAUGGGAAACGAUUCCCACGGGGGAGACGAUGUGCCGGUCUACGCCGUGGGUCCCUGGUCGCACCUGUUCACCGGGGUGUACGAGCAGAACACCAUUCCCCACAUGAUGGCCUACGCCUCUUGCGUGGGCGAUGGCCUCACCAUGUGCAGCACGUAGGAUGGACUCGAGGGCAGCAGGUCUGGAGGCAGGACUCCUCCGUGUCGUGCCAUGCCGCUCGGCCAUAACAAUUAAGUUUCGAAGCUCAUUAAAUCCGGCCAAGAAGCAAGCGGCAUUUGCAUUCGCCUGCACUUGAGUUUAUUAUGCGAA